UCCGGCUCCUCCUCGCUCCCGGCCCAGGCCCAGGCCCAGCCCCAGCCCCAGCCCCAGCCCCGCCGCCAUGUCCGGCCCCGGCAGCGGCGGCGACUUCGGGAACCCGCUGCGGAAAUUCAAGCUCGUCUUCCUGGGCGAGCAGAGCGUGGGGAAGACCUCUCUGAUCACCAGGUUUAUGUAUGACAGUUUCGACAAUACUUACCAGGCAACCAUCGGGAUUGAUUUCCUGUCCAAAACGAUGUAUCUCGAGGAUCGCACGAUCAGGCUGCAGCUGUGGGACACAGCCGGCCAGGAGAGGUUCCGCAGCCUCAUUCCCAGCUACAUCCGUGACUCUGCUGUGGCUGUCAUUGUCUUUGACGUUACAACAGGUUCGGCUGCAGCUUUGGGACACAGCAGGCCAGGAGCGGUUCCGCAGUCUCAUUCCCAGCUACAUCCGCGACUCCACUAUUGCUGUGGUAGUGUAUGACAUUACAAACUUGAACUCUUUCCAGCAGACCUCCAAGUGGAUCGAUGACGUUCGGACAGAGAGGGGCAGCGAUGUCAUCAUCAUGUUGGUGGGGAACAAAACUGACCUGGCCGACAAGAGGCAAAUCACUACGGAAGAAGGUGAACAGAGAGCCAAAGAGCUGAACGUGAUGUUUAUCGAGACCAGUGCAAAGACUGGAUACAAUGUGAAACAGCUUUUCCGUCGUGUGGCUGCUGCCUUACCCGGGAUGGACAGCACACCAGAGAAGAGCAAAGAAGACAUGAUCGACAUCAAACUAGAGAAACCUCCUGAGCAGCCAGUCACGGAGAGCGGCUGCUCCUGCUAACAGCCCCGUUCUGUAGCAGCACGUUCCCCGACCGGCCAGUCUCACGGAAGAACAUCACUGCUCAUUGGCUAGGCAACCCUCCUGUGGGCUGAAAACCAACCUACUAAGCGAGCGAACUCCCUGUUUACUGGUGGGGAGCAGCCCCGGCCGCCCCUCUUACUGCAUGGUAUGAGCCUUGAGUGCAGAAUGAGUGUCCUGUCUUUUAUUUUGGUUUAUUUUUUAUGUUGGUGCACUUUGGCACUGUGGUGCCCUUUACACUCUCUCUUUCUCUCUCUCUUCCUCUCCCUCCCUCCUCCACCUCGAGCCUGUCUGCUCAGAUGUAUCUUGUGAAUGCCGUGGAAAAGCCACUGAGUUAGGGAAAACAAGAAUCAAGCUUGGGGGUGGGUUGUCCACCUUCCUUUACUGCCUUGCAUCUUAACUAGCUCCCUGUUCACUCCAGCCACGUCUGUCCUGCAUCCCCACUUCCUCUGUUUCAAGGCUGCUCCUUCUAAACCAGUCUGGCUGACUUGGCCUUGCCUUUCUGGACAGCACAGGUUACCCGGUUCUAGGCUUUUGCUUCCCGCAGGGCGCACACAGUGCUAGCUCCUCGGUUUCUCCUUUCUGUGGAUGAUCUUGGCUAACUCUUGCUCACGACUUCUGAGUUUUGCCCUACGCUCAGCCCCUCGCGACACAGAGCCCCGGCAGCCCCCAGACUGAUAGCUUUGACCUUGGUGCUCCCGUUUGCGUAGCAGAGGCAUCCCACAGGGCGCUCCCUUCAGUGGGAAUAUCUUCCCAUCUGGAGGCUGCUGGUGCUUGGUGAGUGCUGGCUGUCAGAUGUGGAGGAGGAAGCGGGUGCAGAGGCUUUGCAGCACGAGGCCGGGUGGGGAGAGAUCCUCAGGGGGGUUUGUAGGCUCCUGGCUGCCAACAGCGAAGGAAACAGCUCUGUGGGGUCCAUCGCUGCAGGAGCAACACCUGCCCCGGGAGUCACGGAUGCCUUUCAGGUUCCUUUCCUCCUCUCCAUCCUGUUCACAGUCACACAACCUCAGAGUUGCUUCUCAGAUGCUGGGAGAGCCCCAGCAAAGUGAAGGCCAGUGAUAGCUUUUCUGCUUUUGUACCUAGGUUGCUGCUUGGUGAAAUCACACACAGCUGCUUCUGCUUUUGUAGUAGACUUACGGGGGGUGGGGGCUACUAGACACGUCACUUUGGGAAUCAUGGUAAGCUGUGACAUUGCCAAAACAGAUCAGUGGUAGCAGGGACUUGUUACCAGGCACGGCUAGAGGAAUGUACGCUGCUGAAGUGCGUUUUGGUGUCGCUUCUGGACCUCCAGGGUUGGGAAAUACCUCGCUCUUCCCCCAGCUCUCUACCCCUGGUUUCCAACAAUGUUAGUAGAGCUCUUCAGAAACCUUUAUUGUGGGUUUGUGCGUUUGUUUUUUAUCCCCCCCUUCCGUCUGCUCCAGAAGUCAGGAGGUUUGUCUGUUGACAGAGAGGAGAACGAAGCAGCCAGACGGCUGUGAGCCAUUCCCUGUUCCUUUUCUCAGCCGGCCUGUGUCGGGGGUGCUGGUGGGCAGGAGCAGGAGGCACUGGGUGCUCAGGGCACGACCCCCUGGCGGUGUUUGGCGGGUUGGUGACACUCCCCCAGCACGAUGCCUGGUCGGUCACUGACACAGCGUGUGCACUUUGAAACCUGCGGGCUGGGGAUGGAGGGGAAGGGGCAGCCUUGGCCCGGGAGCUGGAGGAGCUGCGUCCCUUCCCCUCCACAUGAGCCGGCUGCAGGAGGAAGCUGGGAUGUGGCUUCCCAUUUCACUCUGGAGUGUCCCCCCCUCUCCCCUCCUUACCUGCCAUCCCAGCCGGGUCCUUGGUGCCCCGGCAGGGAGCUCGGCCCCCUCUCUGUACAUACUCCUGUCGUGUGGGAAUUGCUGAUGUUUGUCGGUGUGUCUGUCUGCCGUAGAACAGGUUUUGCUCUCCCCUUCUUUCUCACGGGCAGGCGUGCGCGGCCCCUGCUCUCGUAUUGUUCUGAGUCACGGACCUGGGGGGAGGGAGGGGGGGACCGUAAGUAACGGGGGGGUAACUAGUGAAAUAAAAUAGUUCACUUCCCACUGUCUUCUCUAUGGAUGUGUAUUAUAUUGAGUGUGUGUCCGGCCCUGCUGUCUCCUAGCUGUUAGCCAAGUAAGUGUGACUAUUACUCUGAGUAUGGACUGUCUGACCACAGCCGUGUAUCACACUAAAUAAAGUUAUUUCACCAA